CCGUGUUAAAAUGGAACUGAGAACACAUGGCCUUAAAGACGGGCCGUUUACCCUGGUGGCCAAAGUGCGAACUUCACCAAAACAAAUACCAUGGAAACACCGAAUCCAGAGCGUUUGAGAAGCGCAGCCCGAUAUCCGUUUGCAAUCAAUAACUAAUGGAGAUUAUUAGCAACGCCCUUUCAGGGGCCCAGAAAAUAACCCAGAAAAUGCAUUAUCAUCCACUGAAUCAUUAUCGAUCUUGAUCUAGGCGCGGUGCCGUGCGCCGCGCAUCCAGCCCGGAUCCUCAAUCAAAAGCUGCCCGGUUGUAUCAAUGGCAGAAUGGGAGCCAGAACCGACCCCUGAAACAGCCGCUCGGAUUGGCGGAUCAUUACCGAAACAGGAUACAGAUGCAGAGCCACAUCAUACAUUAGAACCAGCCAGACCAUGGCCACUGAUCGAUGAUGCCAAAUUCAUAUCUUCCACCACAACAAACCUUCUUUCUGGAGGCCAUGUGAAGAGCUUCCCUCUGGGGUCAAAUUACCAAGUUGAUUGAUCCCCCCACACCAUGCGGCCAGAUGUUCAAAGAUGUUCUUCCGAGGUAUCCGAUACAGUUCAUAUCUAGGUUUUAUAUACCAACCUCCAGCCAUACAUGCGAGCCCCUAGGGCCCUCUUUUUUUGACAUGCCUUGCUUGCCUUUCGGCUGUGUUCGUUUGGGCCCUAUGGCUAUAAUCCAGACGUAGGAUAAUGGCAGACUUGAACAGUGAUGGAGAGCGCGAUUCCCUAGAGCAACUCAACCCCCAGCAGCGCUUCCUCGAUCACCCAGAGACGAGUAGCGAAGUGCUCGAUGAUGAGGAGCUGGGCCUUAAAUAUGUCGGGAAACCUAAACGUGGACGUUCACUAGUUAUUCUGUGGGCUUUUAUUCUCAUUGUUUGUUGCUUCCUACAAACUGUGUUUGUGGCCAAAUAUUCGAAGGGAAAACACUAUUAUUCAUCGGAGUCAGACUUAUGUCUGUCUCCCGAGUGCAUUCAUGCAUCUUCUUCAUUUCUUCGCAACAUGCACCCCAAUCCCGAUUCGAUUGAUCCUUGUACGAAUUUCGAUCAACUUGUUUGCGGGGGUUUUUAUGAGGAGGACAUUCCAUAUGGCCAGAGCUCCGUUUCCACGCUGUCGCAGGUGGAGGAUCGAGUCCAAACCGCGUUACGCCAUAUUCUGGAAAAUCCCCGCACUAAUAUGAGUGAAAAUUUCAUCACACUUGAGACUUCAUAUAACGCUUGUAUGAAUAAAACACGGCUGGAGGAAAUCGGGGCAGCACCAUUACAGAAGCUGGUGGACAGUGUCAAACUCGACGCCGAUAAUCAAAAUAGCCUCGCCGAUGCCAUUAUCUCUCUAAUUGAUAUAGGAACUAGUUAUCCUAUCGAUUUUGGCGUCGAUGCUGAUUCAACAAAUCCCGAUGCGGUUAUCGUAUUCGUAGCUCUCACAACACACGUUGGGUUACCGUCGCCGCAACUUUACAACGUCACGAAUGUUAUUGAGCUGUACGCGAAAGUUAUGGAACUGGUAUUGGGGGAUUUUGGGGGGUCAGAUGCGGCUUCUGUCGUAGACUUCGAGAAGAAACUAGCGGAGAUACAUAUUAACGCUCGGGGGUCUACAGUUAAGUACUCAUUGGCUGAUGCCCAAGCACUGUUGCCGCAAAUAUCCCUCGAACGAAUAAUAUCUGCCAAGGCACCCAUCGGCUAUAAGGCUGAGCAAAUCGCAAUCUAUCAGCCAGAAUCUUUUAAACAGCUCUCUAAACUCCUUGCUGAUACUCCAACACCUAUCCUCAACUCGUUCCUCAAAUGGAAAGUGAUCCAGAACUAUGCUACAGAUAUUGAAGAUCCCAUUAUCAAGCCAUACCGACGAUUUCACAAUGCUCUUUCUGGCCGAGACCCUGACUCCGUUGGAGAGCGGUGGAGGAAAUGCGUUUCUGCCGUAGAUACUGACCUAGGAUGGAUUCUGAGCAAGUUCUUCAUUGAAAAGGCUUUUUCUGAGGAAGCAAAAAAGUUUGGCGACCAAAUUAUAUCGGACAUCAAGGAAGUGUUUGUGGAAACUCUUGAGGAAACCACGUGGCUAUCCGACCACGUCAGAAAGGAGGCAAUUGAAAAAGUUGGAAACAUUGUACCGAAAGUCGGAUAUUCAAGUAAGAGCCCAGAUGUCCGCAACGCGGAGGCUCUGAAGAACUUGUAUAAAGAUCUGACCGUUACGGACGCCUUUUUCGAUAAUCGUGUCCGUGCACAAAAAUUCCUCGCCACAAAAUACUGGUCCAAGCUAGGAAAGCCAACUAAUCGGGAUGCAUGGGAAACCACGAUGCCCACUGUUAAUGCGUACUACAACCCAACAGGCAAUGAUAUCGUUUUCCCUGCCGGCAUUAUGCAAAACCCUAUGUUCUAUCAUCCAUUUAUACCUAAAUACCUUACUUACGGCGCUUUUGGGUCGGUGGGCGGUCACGAGCUUACGCAUGCUUUUGAUAACUCGGGCAGACGUUAUGAUGAGCAUGGAAACAAGACGAAUUGGUGGGAUAACAGGACGAUGGAAGAAUUCACAAGUCGCGCUGAGUGCUUUGUUAAACAAUACUCAAAUUUCACGAUUGAGGGCCCAGACCAGAAAAUAUUGAAAGUCAACGGCAUGCAGACCCUAGGUGAAAACAUUGCAGACGCAGGCGGCUUGAAGGCCGCCUACCGUGCAUGGCAGAAACGCGAGGCUGCCUCCCCAUCGCAGUCUCUCCCUGGGCUUGGAAAUUAUACGCAUGAACAACUUUUUUUCAUAUCGUUUGGCUCGGUCUGGUGUGCAAAGAUGACCCCGCAGGCAGCGGCAAUACGAGUGCAGACGGAUGUGCAUUCACCCCAAUUUGCUAGGAUUUUGGGAACCGUGGCGAACUCUCCACAGUUCAGAGAAGCGUUCAACUGCCCUGUUAAGGAGCCGACGUGCGACUUAUGGUAAUUCUUUGAGGAGCCAUGUCGAGAAGGCUCAAUUUCAUACAGUAUUGUCCAUUUCAUCAUCUCUCAUCUUCAUGCGGUUCUAAAGAAGACAUAAGCGUUUUUCUGCGGUUCACUCCAUCUUCUUGGUUUAAAGAUGGUGCAAUAUGCACAUUUUAUAUAGUCGUGCAUAGACUUAUCUAGACUAGUCCUUUUUUGGCUCCUCCUUCGUUUAUUUUCUUUAGUUACUUAAUUUUCCCCCUUCCUGAUCCAUACCCCGCAAAAUGCAAAUUAGGUAGCAUUUUAAAAUUUUACUGCUUUGUAUGUACAACUUAUCCCUGGCUCAAAUCAACCCCCUUAUCCGCCUGUGCAUGCCCAUACGCUUUCAACCGAAUAGCCUGCGUAGCAAUGAAUCCGGUCGUAUCGGUGGGCUGGAAAUCGUCCAGCGAAUCCAUACUGCUCUGCUCAGGGCUAUACAAUUUACUCGUCUGUGAGCUGCGACCUAACACGCUGGUUAGGCCCUUGUAGCAGCGCAGGCGCACCUGGCCGUUGACAUCGUCCUGGCUGGCUAGGAUGCUCUUCUCGAUAAAUUCGCGCUCGGGAGAGAAGUAAAGGCCGUUGUAGAGGAGCUUGGACCAUGUUACAGUUACAAAUUGAUCGCGAAGUAGGCGGACUUCGCGGUCUAGGACGAGGCCUUCUAGGUCGAGAUGGGCGAGGCGGAGGAUGGUCAUGGCAGGUGAGUCG